AUGUCAGCUACAGCACUUCCGGAGUCUAUCAAGGCGCUGCGGGUCCUUCCAGACCGCAAGGGCCUCGAGGUAACUACAAUCUCCUGGGCCUCCCAGGAGAAGGUUAAAAACCUGGCGGACAACGAAAUUAUUCUCCGUGUUCAUACCGUUGGGUUGAACCCCACUGACUGGAAGCACGCUUGGGGGGACUGGGGCACGCCUGGUACGAUUGAGGGCUGCGACGCCGCCGGGGACGUGGUCAAGGUCGGCGCCGCGGUUAAGCACCUGAAGGUCGGUGACCGCGCUGCUGGAUUCGACUUCGGCGGCUCCUGGCAGACCGACAAUGGCUCCUUCGCCGAGUACGUGCGCAUGAACUCCGCCGUGGUCUUCAAAGUCCCGGACGGCAUGACCUACGAGGAGGCGGCGUCCUUCCCUAUCCCCAACUUCACCGCCGCGCAAGCCCUCUACAUCAGGCUCAACCUGCCCAAGCCGUUCACCAGUGACGCGCCCUUCAACGAGAAAAUCCUCAUCUGGGGCGGCUCCACCGCCGUCGGCCACCACGCCAUCCAGCUCGCCAAGCUCUCCGGCCUCACCACCUUCGUCACCGCGUCCCCCGCUGUCUUCCCGGAGCUCAAGGCCCUCGGCGCGGAUCAGCUCUUCGACUACAGGGACCCGGACGUGGUGGCAAAGAUCGUCGAGGCUGCGGGAUCGGACGGUAUCAUCUACGCCCUCGACACCGUUUCCGAGAACGGCACAACGGAUGCGGUAGUGGACGCGAUGUCGGUGACGCGCGGGGGCAGGGUCAUUGCGUUGCUCCCGGCCGGCGAGGCGACGAAGAAUCGGCGUCCGGACGUGAGGGUGGAGCUCACGCUGCUGUACACGGCGCUGGGGUACGAGUUGACCUUUGCGCACACGGUGCGGAUGCCGGCGAUGAAGGGAGAUGAGGUGCAGCUUUUAGAGUGGGUCUCGAUGUAUCUGCCGAGGAUGAUAGAGGGGUGGAAGACGGGGGAGGGUGCGCCGACGUAUAAGACGCAGCGCCGGUUGCGUAAGUUGCGGGGGCCCCUUGAAGACAUUUCGAAGGGUCUGAGGAUUAUGUCGGAGGGGAAGUACGGGCGCGAGAAGCUGGUGCAUACCAUUGUCUAA